AUGACGGUCCUCGGCCCGGUCGCAGAGGCUUCGCCGCCUGUAGAGGAUGAAAUUAGACAACUCUCUGAAUUAUACAGCAAGCUUGCGGAUCUCGAUAUCAAUCAUCUUCGAGCCUUCUACAAUCACAAGGCGAAGCUUAAUAUUGUCGCCGCCGAGAAGAAAAACUACUACAAAGGCAUCAAUCAAUUCCGAGAGAACCUUAACGGUAUCUUUAGUGAUUGGAACAAGCUCUUGAGCCCAGUCAAAGUGUCUCAAGGUGGCAUUGAGGUGAUUCUGGGCACUGAAGCUGAUCAUCAAAAUAUUGACAGUGCGUGGGAGGAAUACAUGAAGACGCAGAUCAAUGGCUCCACAAUCCGAGAUACUGACGCGACUGUUGAGCAGAGAAAGGUAUGGAAGUAUCAUUUCCAAUCACUAUAUGCUAGUAUUGAGUCCAAAUUGAAGCGCCUAAGCUGUACGACCUGUGACUACAGUGCUCUUGUCAUGGCCACCAGUCUACGUUUCUUCAACUUAUCCACGCGCCGCAAUGACUUUGGAAGUUAUACUACCAUCCCAGACCGUGGAUCCACGAAUGUUGACGCAAUUGAUCGAGGAUCUGCUGCUGUGCAUAGUGGCAAUGUUCGAAUCCGUGCCUUUUUGAUACAGACAGACUCCAGCGAUCAGUUCAAGAAUUAUAGCGAACUUUUCAAGACUAUCUACGGAGUUACACCUUUGGAGGUAGCACAGGGAGCUGAAGACAAGUACAGUUUCGAUUCAAAGAACACCGAGAUUGCGAACUUGAGGGGCUCAAUGGCACACUGUUUGUCGUUCAGUAAACUUACACAUGAUCUGAUUAAGGAUUCGUGGUUCGAACGUCUUCGAGAGCAGUGUGAAACCGUGUACCAGAGAUACCUCAAAGAGCUAGGAUCAGCAGCCAACGCACAAAAGCAAUUCGACAAUGAUGCAAUAGUUGGAAGAACGCUCAUUCAGAUGAGAAGCAUUUCAAAGCAUAUCACGUGGUUGGAAAGGCAGCGAAGGCAAGCUCACUUUCUCGAAGACGAUAGUGGGUCCAGUACCGCCUCUUAA